AUGGAAAAGAAAACUCACCGAAUAUGCGAAAUCCUAGAUAAACUAACUCUAGACGCAUUGCAUCUCAUAGAAGAGGAAGUACAAUUGAAGCUCAACCUAGAAAAUGCAAUGAUCGGGGGCGAGUCUCACCUAGCAAAAUCCAGAUACAUUAUGGGCCAGAACAACGUUUCAGCAUUACAACUACCUACCGAAGACGGCAAAGAAUUCUCCGCAUCGAUAAAGGUCGCUGAACACGACAGUGAAACCCUGCUUGAUAACCCAGAACUGCAGUUGAAGACCGUGAAAAAAUCGGAGGACGAAAGCGUACAAGAACCUUUGAGAUGGUUUGGAGUGUUGGUGCCCCAAAAUUUGUCUCAUUCUCAGAAUAUGUUCAGGCAGGCUCUGCAGUGGGCUGUACAAGCGGUCAAUGUUCAAAUUCGUUUAAAGGAGACUAUUAACAAGAUUGGGGUUCUAAAGGAGGCUAAGCAAAUGGCAAAGUUAGAAGAGUGA